GGUGAGCGCAUAGUGAAUGAAGCUUCAAUGGAGGAGGCAAGGAUGACCGCGACAGCGCACGCGCCACACCCCCGCGUUUAAUUAAAACAUCUCAGGGUUCGGCUGAGUGUGAGCGAAGAUGGCGACAGAGUGAAGGAGACCACGGAAAGAUGACAAGCCCCCUACAGACAGACAAACGCGCACAAGCUCUUCACCCCGCCGCCUCAGAUAUGCCCGUGAAUAAGUAAGACACGGCUGCGUACAAUGUGUUUUCAAGGAGAUGCGGGGUAGGUGAUGGAGUCUUGCGGGCGGCAUGUGCUUUAUCAUGCACUGUCUCGGUAAUUCAGACGCAGGUGUUUGCAGUGCCGAUUCGUUUUGAAAAGCAGGUGAAAACGAUGCUUCGAGCCAUCAUGUAAACGCCGCGGUGGGGAAUAUUGCGGAGGAGACCCGCCCGUGUGAGCUCGCGCUUUGUCUCCCCCUCUAAAAUAUGAUCACGGGCGCCUGGCGGUGUGGAAGGAAACUUGACGCUGAGUUAGAAAUCUGCCGCGCGACCGAGCCCAUCGACAAACCGUGCUGUGAGCCGGAGACGGUGCAGAGAUGGCGCAUGAGCCUCGCAUCGCUGCUCUUUUUCACGGCGCUUCUGUCCGAUCACCUCUGGCUCUGCGCGGGAGGCAAGCUCCGCUCGAGAGAUCGGACUAACCGGAGGACGUGGAGCAACGCUAGUCACGACGCCCAGACGGGCCUUCGCGAUGAGGACUGCGGGGUCCUCUUGAGCAAUCUGACACAAACCGGGCCAGAGUGCGUGGAUGCUGAUGCGCGGCGCCGCGCGCCUCUGGAGUCCGCGUGCUCUACGCUUUACCGACAGAAGAGCGGCUCGGUGAGCUCCUCCUAUUCUAUACCGGUACCCACGGUGUCGCCGCACGGGUUUUUGGAGUACUUCCGGAAUUUCAGCUUGUCGUUUUGCGACGCACUCACAAUAGCGGACCUGCUGGAGAGCAUGACUAGCCCGGACGGGCUUAACUGCAGCCUGGCGCUUGUCAUUCAUGACCUGUUCAGUGGAGGACCGGAGGACGGGGACGUGUGCAGCGCUUGUGUUCACGCGUACAUACGACUCGACCAACAUGCUCAGGAAAAAUAUGAGGAGUUUGACGUAAUAACGCGCAAAUACAUGGCGGAUGACUACUCGGUGCGCUCGCAAACACACCUGUGUCAGGCAGUGUAUAAAGCCUGGCUUUGUGCAGAAUACUUUCCGGUUCCCCAACGGCGGUGUGCAAGGUGGCUUCCGUGCAGGCGCUACUGUGGCGAGGUCACUGCUAGCUGCCCCUUCAUCCUACCAGACAACGACCGUCUGCUGUAUGCCGGCCUGCCCAGCUUUCUCUGUGCAGGGCUUGAAGAGGAGUAUUUGAGCAGUCAGGGUCCAGACUGCUGUGAUGUCAGAUGGAGUGGGUGUGACUCGGCUGUAGGCGCUGCAUGUGCUCUGACACGCCUCCCGGGCUCAUUUUCUUUGCAUAGGAAGCUAUCAUCGGGAGCGGUGUCGUGUACAAAUCGUCUUCAUGGCAGUAAAUUGAAACUGUGUGUGCUUGUUCUCUUCUUACUGCACACUGUCAUCUCCAUAACAACAUUGCAGCAUUGCAGCACUGGCUCCUUGGAGGCAAUAGUACCUCUAGAAGAAGUUCCCAUGAGGGAGGAGUAAGAGAGCGGAACAUCUCCCCCUAUUGAAAGACACACAUACUGUGAGAGUGUUUUUGUCUGCUGUGCUUGAGACGAACCUUACCAAAUGCCUGGAAAACACAGGAAGUCUCAGCCCUGCUGAAGCGUCUGUGCCUGUCUUUUUGAUGGUUGGAACAUCUGGCUUGAUCGUAUGAGCGUAUGUUUGUUUGAGCGAGUGAAUGUUUUUAAAUGUUUUUAGUGUUCCCUUUGUUUUAUCAGAAUUAAGUGCAUAUAUAUGCUACAAAACAACUCAUGAAUGUUGUCUAAAACAAAAGAAGACUGUCAAUCUUCUUUUGUUUUAGAAAACAAUCAUGGAAACAAAAACGAAUGGAUUAAGAAUGGAUGGAUGACAUUGUUACAUUUCUCCCCUAAUAAAACCAACUCUACUGGAGACAUUUUUCAUA